GCGUUCGUGCCCUAAUUUACCCGAUCGGCCCGUUCCUCCUAGGCACCCGAUUCCGCACUGCACGAGACCCGCCCAUGUGCCUCAUUCCGAAGCUUCAACGAGGCUGAAAAUGUCUGCAAGCCCACUACCUUUGCGGACGCUCUACUUAAGUUCUGCCUAGCUUGAAACGCAUGACUACGGAGGACUCUAUUGUCUACAAGUCAGAAAUUUGUGAGAAGGCUUCAGGGACCUUCUGCCUGAAAGAAAGCAACAUUCGGAACAGCACAUAGAAGCCAGUUCCGAGUAGCACGCGCAAUAGCACGCGUGCCAAUUCCCUGACUCCAACAGCCUCACUCUUAUUUCGACUCUACCUGUGUAGCCUACUUCUUCUCAUUCCACGAUUCCCUCGCUCUCACAAAGCUUGCCCGCUUCUUCAAACUCCACCAGCAGCUCCUAACUUCAAUCAUGGCGGACAACAACUCCCUUCCAACACCACCAUCCACAGUCGACAGUAGCACUGUUCCACAAACACCGCCCUCCGCUCCAAACCCUGCCGGAGACGCUGGUGUCCUACCCGAGUUUCGUGCUGUUUCGCUCGAUGCCGUUCCCUCACCACCGCCGGAUUUCAAUUGGGAUAUGAUGGCAAUGGCCCCUGAGACUGCCAUGCAGCUUGUAUAUCGCGCAAUUCAAGCCUUGGCGACUGCAAAUGGCGACAUUCCGCCCACUCCAGCUGUGGACCGCCGAGAAACUCCUUCCAAGUACACGGUCUUCGAGGAUGCUACUACCCCAACAAGACACCACCGGCGCACCCCAUCUCGCCCAGCAACUCCAAUCCCGGAAGAGAGGAUUAUAGUCCAAGAAGAGCCAAUAUAUCCACCGGAGGCAAGUAGUGAUGAACCCAUCACCACUAACAGUGGCCAAAUUGGCACUGACCAGGAACCAUCUCCUGAAGAGAUUGCUAACCUUGCUCGCAAGUUCUUUUCCAAGUACGUGCCAGACAUUAGCCUCGAGAAGUACGCCGUUCGGAUCCAAUCUUUCUGUCCCCUGUCCACUGCUGUUUGGCUCGCCGCCGGAGCAUAUACCCACCGGAUGUGUUGCAUUACUAGGCGCGUUCCCCUCACCCUCCGUACUAUGCAUCGAGUUCUCCUCGCUACGCUUGUUACUGCUAUGAAAGCACUCGAAGACCAUCGCUGGAAUGACGAUCGGUUCUCCAAGGUUGGGGGUGUUGAGGUCAAAUCGCUGGUCCGGAUCGAGCUUUCCGUCAUCUACCUUACGGGUGGCCACCUCCAGUUCCUCUGGCCUGACAAGCUUAGGGCUGCGGUGGUAGCACUUCAAAAGGCUGCACGAGACGCAACCCAAGCUAACCAAAUCUCCGCCCAUCUGAAAUUGGUUCUACCUGCUGCGGAAAAUAGACGGGAUUAGUGUUGUUCUUGAAUUUCAUCGAGUACAUGAAUGGCGCUGGAGCCAGCAUCUAAUCUGUCUGGACACCAGGGCAUGGACAAAGGCGUCUGGUGUCUGCAUCUGAGCUCGCAUUUCAGAUAUGUACAUUAGCUUAACAAAAUGAAUGAUAAGCUCAUAU